CUGGGUGUGAGUACACAUGUUCCCUACGCAGGAGGUCAAGAGCAAAUGAGGAGCCAGAGCCUUGAACACAGGCAUGUGAAGCCCCUCUGUGCAGAGAGGGUAGGAGGCAGACAAGAAGCAGUGUCUAUGUUUAAAGGAGAGUGGCCUUGAGUUUGUCAACUUAAUGGAGUAUUUCCAGGAAGAGUAUUUGGGGGUUUCAGGAAACCCCCUGAGCCAGCCUCUUCCUCCCCAGGCUGUGCCUUCCUCACCUACUGCGCCCGGGACUCUGCUCUCAAGGCUCAGAGUGCACUGCACGAGCAGAAGACCCUGCCAGGGAUGAAUCGUCCAAUCCAAGUGAAGCCGGCUGCCAGUGAGGGCCGAGGAGAGGACCGAAAGCUGUUUGUGGGGAUGCUGGGGAAGCAGCAGGGUGAGGAGGACGUCAGACGUCUGUUCCAGCCCUUCGGCCAUAUCGAGGAGUGCACUGUCUUGCGGAGCCCGGAUGGCACCAGUAAAGGCUGUGCCUUUGUGAAGUUUGGGAGUCAGGGGGAAGCUCAGGCGGCCAUCCAGAGUCUGCACGGCAGCCGGACCAUGGCGGGCGCCUCGUCCAGCCUCGUGGUCAAGCUGGCGGACACUGACAGGGAGCGCGCGCUGCGGCGGAUGCAGCAGAUGGCGGGCCAGUUGGGUGCCUUCCACCCGGCACCACUGCCGCUCGGCGCCUGCGGAGCCUACACCACGGCGAUCCUGCAGCACCAGGCGGCCCUGCUGGCGGCGGCACAGGGCCCUGGUCUAGGCCCGGUGGCCGCAGUGGCGGCACAAAUGCAGCACGUGGCGGCCUUCAGCCUAGUAGCGGCGCCGCUGCUGCCCGCUGCAGCAGCCAACUCCCCUCCGGGCGGUGGCCCUGGCACGCUUCCCGCUCUCCCGGCGCCCAUCGGGGUCAAUGGAUUUGGCCCCCUGACCCCCCAGACCAACGGGCAGCCGGGCUCCGACACUCUCUACAAUAGCGGGCUCUCCCCUUACCCAGCCCAGAGCCCCGGCGUGGCUGACCCCCUGCAGCAGGCCUACGCUGGGAUGCACCACUACGCAGCAGCCUAUCCGUCGGCCUAUGCCCCAGUGAGCACAGCUUUUCCCCAGCAGCCUUCAGCCCUGCCCCAGCAGCAAAGAGAAGGCCCCGAAGGCUGUAACCUCUUCAUCUAUCACCUGCCUCAGGAGUUUGGUGAUGCAGAACUCAUACAGACAUUCCUGCCCUUUGGAGCCGUUGUCUCUGCCAAAGUCUUUGUGGAUCGAGCCACCAACCAGAGCAAGUGUUUUGAUAACCGAAGAGUGAGAAGAAAGGAAAGGAAAAGCACAGAAGCUCUUGAGCAGCCCUUCUUGAAGGAGCAGCCGCAGCCGGAGGUGGAUUGGACCCAAGGCCGGCGCCUGGGGCUCAGGCCACUUGAAGGAUUGUUUUCAUCAAGUGGGUUGUUCUAUGCCUGUGGUGUAGAGCUCAGUGUGGCAAGGCAGCUGGGGCUGGCUGAGGACUGACUGUCUAGGGGAACCAGCAGGGCCCCUUGGGGGUGCCAAGGGCUUCUCCGCAAGGGAAGCCCAGAUUUACUUCUUUCAAAAUCAUAUCAUUCCUUAGAGUUUAGGGACCAAAGGACUAUUGCUUUUUUAAGAAUAUAUAUAUAUAUAUAUAUAUAAAUUAAAACAAAGAAAAAAACAAACAAAAAAACUCACAAAAGACAGUAUAGCGUCUCAUAAAAGCUGCCUUUAACUAUCGCUAGGAGACAGGGUGAAGGAGACCUUUAAAAGUCCCAGCCUAGGCAGAAGGGGGCUGUGGAAAGAUUGUUCUAUGUCUCAUUCUCUCUUAAACCAUCUCCCCUCCCUGCCUUUUAAAGGUAAUUAAGGACUUGAGGUCUAGGCUCAGAUGCAGGUAACAAGAGAGUUACGGAAGCAGUGAGCCCACGAUCCCCAAAGUCCGAGAGCAUCCCUGAGGAGGCCUCGGGGGGAGCACCUGCCGCUGUGGCCUCUGCCACCUAGACAGGCCCCCCAGCUAGCAGGAGUGGGAACCUACCUUUCCAGCCUUUCCCGUGGAACCACUGCUUCCCCAGGCAGGAAGAAAGAGGGAGUUAAGGCCACCCUAGCCUUUCCCUUCCCCUUCCCGAUAGACAGAGGCCCUGCCUUUGGCUGAGCUGAGACACCUCAUGUGUCCGCCUCACCUUGAGCCAGUCCCAGUGUCCCCUCGCUCCAGGCCACCUUCUGUCUCUAAGUCUAAGUUUGCCCACCUGUAAAGUAGAUUCAGGAUAUAUGGAGAGGGCUGUGACAACAGACUUGGAAGGUUUGCUACUGUAUAUACUGCCAUUGAGAAGGGGAUAAUUUUCAAUAUGUAGAAGCUUCAGAAUUUAGAGGUCCCUCUUUACCCAGGACCUGGGAGGGAAGUAGAUGUUUUGCCAAAAUACUUCUUCAUUCCUUUAAAAAGUACACCUUUCCUAUGCAAAGUGUCUCACAUGUGCUUAUCCAAGGUGCUUCUAGAUGGUGAGCAGUGUUCAGCUUAGAAGUGGCGUGUGCUCUGUCUGUCUGUCUUUGUCUGUCUGUUGUAUACAGUGGGUGCCAUAUAAAGCUGAUCAAUGGUGGUGCUUUCUGCCUGCUUCUGUGAGAUGGGCAAAAGAUUUCCGCUUAGAACAUCAUGACUCACAUUGCCUUGGUCAGCCUUUUUCUGGGCCUGCAGGGCCUUGCACAUAUUUUUUCCCCAGAGGACAAUUUGUUCUCCACCUCGUAGACAUGGAUCAAGCUAGUUCGGGGUCCCAGCCGUGUGGGGGGCACUCUGAUCCCCAGAUGUUACUGAGGCUGGAGGCCUCGGAUCUGAUAGCACAUCAGACAGUAAGGAUGUAAGGGUGGGGUCGGAGAGUUCCUCCUUCAUGACAGUUUCUAAGAAAACUUGUUUCCACCUG